UGCAAGCCAGUUUCACUUAAGUGAACAAACGACUGCCCCGAGUGCUUUUUACGAGUUUAAUUUAAGUGUCGUUAAUACCUCAUAUGUAAAGGAGACAGCUUGACUGAUGCCAGUUACGGUAAACCUCUGAGGAACUGCAGGGUGAAAGGCGUCGAUGGGAGUUGGGGCUGAAUGCUCCUUUGCGUGCAUGGCCACUCUUGUUUUUUGGUCAUUCAUAGCAAUCUGUUUACUCUAUCUGCCUGACCCGUCCACGCUGGGACCGCCUGUCUCUGAGAACAGCACAGUGACCCUCCUGAUAUGGACGCAGCCGUUCGGCCGGUACCACGAACUUUCGGACUGCUACACGCUCUAUCAGAUCGGAGGGUGCAUGCUCACCUACGACCGGCGCGCGUACACGCAGGCUGAUGCUGUGAUCAUCCACCACCGGGAGGUUGCCACCGGUAUCGCUGAACUGCCACAUGAACGGCGGCCACGUGCGCAAAAGUGGAUAUGGAUGAACUAUGAGUCCCCCACGCACACGCCCAGACUGUGGGAUUUUGAAGGCGUUUUCAACCUCACAAUGAGCUACCGGACAGAUUCAGAUAUUUUCCUCCCGUACGGGCAACUUAUCCCUCGUGUGCGCACAGCCAAAGGUCUUCAGACCCGCUAUGCGCAGCCGCUGCAGGGACCCUCGCGCUCAGACCUCCUCAGGUCCCGCCUUGUGGCCUGGGUCGUCAGCAACUGGAAAGAGUCCCAUGCACGCGUGACCUUCUACUACCAACUCCGCCAGUACAUCCAGGUGGACGUGUUCGGGCGCGCGGGCCUGCCAUUACCCCGGGACAGUGGAAGCGGCAAUAUAGUGCGGCUGGUCAGACAGUACCUGUUCUACCUGGCGCUGGAAAACUCGCAGCACACCGACUACAUCACAGAGAAGCUAUGGAACGCGGUGCUGGCCGGUGCCGUACCGGUGGUCCUGGGUCCGUCCAGAAAGAACUAUGAGCGCUUUCUGCCCCCUGAGGCCUUCAUCCACGUCGAUGACUUCCCCACAGUGCGAGGGUUGGCCCGGUACCUACUGAUGCUGAGGCGCAACCCGUUCCUGCUCAGGCGGCACCUGGACUGGAAAGGGGGCCUCAGCUUACACCAGCCCACCUUCUGGCUUGAACACUACUGUACGGCCUGCAGGGCGGUGAGGAGGACCAGAGGCAGGACUAGCGUGGUCAAACGCCUGACACACUGGUUUCACUCCUGAAAAAAGCAGCAUCACCUCCAGCACUGACUGAGGGCAAAGUUGAGACAAGCUCACUGCUUUCAAAGGAACAAAACAAAUCUUCGAAUAUUUGGGAGACUGCUAAUUUUAUUUCAAAUUAUGACUUAACAUAAACUAGCACAUGACAAUUUAGAUAGACUUGAGAAAGAGUACAUUAGUUUUGAAAUUAAUAGAUUCUCAUCUUUUCAGUUGGCUACUUGUGGCCCUGUACACAUUGGCCUACUGGUGUUUUUUUGCAUGUUAUGUCCCACUUACAAAAACAUUCCCUCCCUUGAAAAAGAGAUACUGAUCUCAAUGGUAAAAUAUGGAUAGAUAGAUAGAUAGAUAGAUAGAUAGAUAAAUGGAUAGAUAGAUAGAUAGAUAGACUUUAUGGAAAGAAAUGAAUGCCCUUGCUAAGACGCCACUCAGAUGUUUUCAGUCUGACAAAUUCGAAGACAAUGUGCUCCUUAAAAAAACAGUCAGGCCAGAACUAAAAUAUGCUGCCUGAAAACUCCCCACUAAAGGAGCAAAAGACAUUGACAUGAGAGGAACAAUCAAAAAGGCAAAUACAGUGUAGACAAAAAUGUACAAAUACAUCAAACACGCGAGAUGCCUGUUUGAUGACCCCUGACGAAGAUCCUAUAUAGAUCGAAACAAUGCUGCUACUAUUGAAUUCAAUUAUUGGGCAUUCAACACUGUGUGCAAACCUUUUCUUGCGUAACAUAUUUUUGUCAAACAGGGCUGUACCAAAAUCCUUGCUUUCAAUCAUAGUGUGAUGCAGCAUUAGGUGUAUGGUGCUACAAAACAACUUAAUGACAAACUAUUUGAUUCUUUCAUCUGACUGUUACACACUUCUGGUGUGGACAUAUUCAAAGGGAGUGUGUGUAACCUGCUCUGUGCGUGUUUGAUUCAGGGAGGCCAUACUUCCAAAAAGUGCACAAAUACCUGUUGCAAUACAUCUCAUGCCUCAGGGGUAAUUACAAAAUCAUGCUAAUCAGAGCAUCCUUGGAUUUGAACUGCUGUUAGCUUAGAGCCAUAUAUGUGAUUGAUACUUGUGUAAUAGUGUGGCAUGUAUCCCAUAAAUAGCACUCUGAGCCCCUGCUUUGUGUCUGCACAUCACUGACUGGUUGAUUACAGCACUUCCCCAAGGACAUAGAUUUGGUCUGAGCAGCUCCCCUCCCCACUCCAGUCCCCCUGAUUAGGAUCUGUACUUGUGUCUCAUUUAUUUAUUGGGGCACUUUUAAGCAUGAGUAAACAGGAUCUCGUGAAACCGUCUUGAUUUGCUGCAAUCUGCACCAAAAUAUUACAAAACAAUACUAAGAAAAGCCAUAACUGACGCAUUAAGUAUCAUCUGAAACCAAGUCAGUGGGUUAUAUCUACUCACAGAACAGCUCUCGCUCGCAAUUUUACC